AGUUCAGGUUCAAGUUUAAAAACUGCAAACCGUUACAAAUAAUUUGCAAAUUAGUAAGAUUCGCCAUGGUUUCCUUCGAUUACGACGAAACUAAAGAAGAAAUACCAGAAAGUGCCCUGGCCAAACAACAAAAUACCAUGGACGAAUGCAAAACAAUCCAGGUCGUAGUGGAAAAACUUGUUUCUUGGCAUUCAACUCCGAUUUCCGAUCAGCGCAGAGAAGAUUAUUUUCGUUUCCGAGCGCAAAUAUUAAUGGAAGAAGCUCGUAGAGCCCAAGGAGAUUACUUUAUUGCCGAACCAAAUCCUUUAAAUCCCACGCCUACUGAUGCCGGACUGUUUUUGCUGCCGAUACUUUUCGAGAAGGGUCUUGAAGAGUCCAAGUUUGAAAAGAUUGGAGAGAAGCGACAAGAUUUCCUAAUGAAUUGGUUUGGGGCUUGUUUUGAGAAGGAAAUGGAAAAUGUGGAUAUUGAUAAUUUGAAGAAUGUUAAUGUUGGCAUUCAAGCUACCUAAAACAUCUCUAAUUGAUUAAAAUGUUAAGAUUAUCAUAAGAGUAUAUUUUUUAUUGUAGUUAAAUAAAUACCUACGUAGGUACGUGUAUUAAAACUAUUUCGGGAA